AUGGAAAAAAAGUAAUAAAUAAAGAGAUAGAGAAGCUAUUGAUCGUAUGUUUGGCGCGUAUACUCUUAACCACCACCGGCAAAACACCCACAAAGAAGCGACCCACGCUUAAAGAACCGAUCAACCCGUAUCCUCUCUCUCUCCCGUCCCUUCAGCUCGACAUUACAAACAAAAAAAAAGGUGUUCAGUUUCAAGGAAAGAGAUCAAGCGACUGUGAGUGUUGUGAAGACAGAACCAAACCACGAUCUGUACCUUUUUCCCCGAAAACAAAAAUUUCCUUCAGACACUCCCAUUUUGAUCGGAGAUCAACAUUGCUUGGUUGGUUCUGUUAGGGGGGUGAUUAACAAUGGAACAGCACGGCAGUGGAGGCACAGGAGAAGAAGGAUCAUUGUCGGAUCCAGGAACCAAUACCACCGGCAUGGAAGCUUCGAUGUCGCGGUUAGGGUUGGGAGGGGGAGGAAGUGAAUCGUACCCUGAGAGACCCGAUGAGCCAGAUUGUGUCUAUUACUUACGAACCGGUGUUUGCGGGUACGGGUCCAAAUGUCAGUUCAAUCACCCACCAAACCGUCCUCCGGUAUCGGGAGAUCUCAGGACAGAAGCUGGAGAGGUCCCAGAGAGGAUGGGACAACCCGUCUGUCAGCAUUUUAUGCGAACAGGAGAUUGUAAGUUUGGUGCUUCUUGCAAGUAUCACCAUCCUAGACAAGGAUCAGGAGGAGGAGGAGGAGGAGAUUCUGUUACUAGUCCUAUCUCAUUUAAUCACAUGGGAUUCCCAUUACGUCCGGGGGAAAAAGAAUGUCCCUAUUACAUGAGAACCGGUCAGUGUAAAUUCGGUUCCACCUGUAAAUUUCACCAUCCUGUUCCUCCUGGUGAUCAUCAAGCUCCAUCGCAGCACCCAUUACCAACAUCUCCACCAGCUAUUUAUCCAUCACAACAAUUCGGAGUAGUUGUACCAAGACCUUACGUUACUUACAGCCAAAUGGUUCUUUCUCCCGGUAUGGUUGGCUGGAACCCUUACCAGCCUUCUACUGGGACUCAACCAAGCCCUGUUUAUGGAACUAAACCGUUAUCUCCUUCAGCGCCUGCUUAUCAAUCUGGUAGUCCAUCUUCAAAUAAGGAACAGUCUUUUCCUCAGCGACCUGGACAACCUGAGUGUACCUACUUUUUGAGAACCGGAGAUUGUAAGUACGGAACCUCUUGCAGAUACCAUCAUCCUCUGGAAGCAGCAUCUCCCAAAGGAAUAAGUCUUAGCCAUAUUGGCCUCCCACUUCGUCCUGGCACGGCACAAUGCAGCCACUUUGCGCAACAUGGGAUUUGCAAGCUUGGGCCUGCAUGCAAAUUUGACCACUCCUCAUCGCUCAGCACAUUAGCUCCAUCAUUAUCAUCCUCAAGUGACCAAGGCACUGAGGUUCACUCUUCUAGCUCCAUUAAACCCAAAACCACAGCAAGUGGUGAAUCAGAAACUGUUGCUGCUGGAGUAUCUUCGUCUUCUUCUAUGACCGGUGGUGUGAGCAACUCCAAGCCUGCUGAGAGCAAAAAUGGUGACUCAGCUAAGCAUUCAGGUUAAGACUUCAGGUUAAAAGAGACAAAACUCAAAGCAGAGAAGAGAACCUCACUCUACUCUUCUUAGAAUAUGUCUCUAUAUCUCUUUUUCAUCAAACUUUCAUGAAUUCAUGAACAUUUAGAGAAAAUAUUUUUUUUUGGGUGGAGAGACAACAACAAGAAACAAAGCAGAGAGAGACACAUAAAAGCAGGUCGAUUUUUUUGUGUGUUAUGUCUCUCCUCUUAUGUCUCUUAGCAAGUUCAUACGAUUUUUUCUCUUUUACUUUCCGAAACGAUUGUUGUUAAUAAAUGGAAUUACUUACGAAUAUCCCUUGUUCGUUUACGAAAUAUGGGAAUUAAGAGUAAGAUUUUUUAUUUUUGA